AUGACGGUCACAGUUCCACAGAUCCAGCCAACAGACUUAGAUUACACACCCAUUCGACAAAAAUGGUUGGACCGAACAGAGCGACGAUUCAGAACUGAAAAGCUGAGCACGGAGUUGCCCGAAGGCUUCCCCCCAAAGCUUGAUUCUGGAGAUAAAGCAAGCUGCCUCAAUAAACCUCUUGGCCACAUUGACCCUGAUACUUUCCCUCUACCGAAUCUCCAUGACACGCUACGAGGGGUUUCAAACGAGGUACACAAUGGUCAUGGGUUCAAGGUGGUCCGGGGUAUUCCCGUCGAUGAGUACUCGCGAGAGGAUAACAUCAUUAUCUACGCUGGGAUUUCUUCUCAUGUCGCAUUGAACCGUGGCCGUCAAAUAAUUUCUAGACCAUCUGAAAUGGUACUCACCCACGUCAAAGAUCUUAUGAGCCCCUCGGAAAAGUCAAAAAUUGGUGUUGCCACGUAUACUUCUGACCAGCUUAUCUUUCAUACCGACGUUGGAGAUAUCAUAUCGCUGCUCUGUCUUAGUACAGCUGCCGAGGGGGGAUGCAGCCAGCUGGCCAGUAGCUGGCAUAUCUACAAUGAGCUAGCAGCCACGCGACCCGACUUGAUCAAGACAAUGGCAGAGGAUUGGCCCCAUGAUACAUUCGGCGGUACACCAGAGGGUUAUGUGAUGCGACCAAUCCUUCACCAUCAACCCGCAACCGAUUCAACACCCGAAAGAGUCGUCAUUCAUUGCAUACGCCGCGAAUUCAGCGGAGCACUUGCAACACCAAGAUCGAAAACCAUUCCGCUGUUGACCGAGGCACAAGCAGAGGCAUUGGAUGCAAUUCAUUUCUUGGCUGAGAAAUACCAACUUCGUCUCAACUUCCAAAAAGGCGAUAUUCAAUACGUGAACAACUUUAGCAUCCUUCAUUCCCGAGAGUCGUUCAAAGAUACACCAGAUCAGAAGCGCCAUCUCAUAAGACUCUGGCUCCGUGACCCUCAACAUGCGUGGGAUAUUCCAGGGCCAUUAAAGAGACGGAUCGGGAGAGUGUACAACAAUCUGAACAAAGACACGCAGGAGUUUCCCUUGGAGGCCAAAGUCGAGAGCUGUAAGCCUCGCAGUUAG